AAAUAUAUUUACAAUUUUCUUUUCAGCGUGGAUCUGAUGAGCUUCUUCCUUCUGGUAUCACAUACGGGACUCUUACGAUGAGCAAUCCUACUCCUGCUACUGCUAAUGGGAAUGACAACAAGAAAUUUAAAGGAGACAGAUCUCCCUGCUCCCCUUCUCGAGUUCUUCAUCUUCGUAAAAUUCCAAAUGAUGUCACUGAAGCAGAAGUAAUUUCUCUAGGUGUACCUUUUGGCAAAGUAACUAAUCUCUUGAUGUUGAAAGGAAAAAGCCAGGCUUUUCUAGAAAUGGCUUCAGAAGAAGCUGCUGUUACUAUGGUGAACUACUACACUCCUGUUACUCCUCACCUUCGCAGUCAGCCUGUUUAUAUUCAGUAUUCCAAUCAUAGAGAACUUAAGACUGACAAUCUACCAAACCAUGCUAGAACUCAAGCUGCAUUGCAAGCAGUGAAUGCUAUGCAGUCUGGAGGCAUGGCCCUCACAGGUGCUCCAAUUACUGAGAGUGGGCUGCCUCCUGGUCAGAGUUCGGUUCUUCGAAUUAUUGUGGAAAAUCUCUUCUACCCUGUUACUCUAGAAGUGCUAUGUCAGAUCUUCUCCAAGUUUGGAACAGUUCUGAAGAUCAUAACUUUUACAAAGAAUAAUCAAUUUCAGGCCUUGCUUCAAUAUGCUGACCCUUUGAACGCACAGUAUGCCAAAAUGGCUCUAGAUGGUCAGAAUAUCUAUAAUGCUUGCUGCACUCUUCGUAUUGAUUUCUCCAAGCUAACAAGCCUUAAUGUAAAAUAUAACAAUGAUAAGAGCAGAGACUUCACACGUUUGGACCUUCCUUCAGGGGAUGGGCAGCCUUCACUUGACCCUACUAUGGCUGCUGCUUUUGGCACUCCAAGUAUCAUCUCCUCACCAUAUGCAGGGGCAGCUGGCUUUGCUCCUGCCAUUGGCUUCCCCCAAGCUGCAGGUUUAUCGAUCUCGGCUGUUCCUAGCGCACUUGGCCCUCUUGCAAUUUCCACCUCUGCAAUGACUGGGCGGAUGACUCUUACAGGAGUUACAGGAUUGCCUGGAAAUUCUGUGUUACUUGUUAGCAAUCUCAAUCCUGAUGCAAUCACACCAGAUGGGCUUUUUAUCUUGUUUGGUGUUUACGGUGAUGUCCACCGUGUAAAAAUCAUGUUUAAUAAGAAGGAAAAUGCCUUAGUUCAAAUGGCAGAUGCAACUCAAGCCCAAUUAGCCAUGAAUCAUUUAAAUGGACAAAAACUGUAUGGGAAAGCGCUCCGUAUUACACUUUCAAAGCAUCAAACAGUACAGCUCCCUCGUGAGGGUCAAGAGGACCAGGGUCUAACCAAGGACUAUGGUAAUAGCCCUUUGCAUCGCUUUAAGAAGCCUGGCUCCAAAAACUUCCAAAAUAUCUUCCCUCCAUCUGCCACUCUUCAUCUCUCCAACAUUCCGCCUUCUAUCACAGUUGAUGACCUGAAGAAUCUUUUUGCUGGUACUGGGUGUAUUGUGAAAGCCUUCAAAUUCUUUCCAAAAGACCGCAAAAUGGCUCUUAUCCAAUUGGGCACUAUGGAAGAAGCAAUCCAAGCCCUUACUGAGCUUCAUAAUCACGAUCUUGGAGAAAAUCAUCACCUCAGAGUUUCCUUUUCUAAAUCUACAAUCUGAACCUGAUGCAUUGAGGACCUUUUGGAGUUCAGCGUGUGUGCCCAUAGUUCCAGUAAAAAUUUCAGGCAGAGACUGUAACAGGCCAAACCAAUGCUGCAUCCUUGAACAAUGAAACUUGUGUGAUUCAUGUGUAAUUCUAGACAUUGUAACAAAUAAUGGGUUUAUCUUUUGCUGUAAUGGCAAAUAGUCCUCCACAAAAAAAUUCUGUUAAUAAUCUACCUUCUUUAGUAGAACCCAUCUUUUCUUUUCCUUUUUGGUGAUUUCAGGAACAUAAUCAAGCUUUUAUUCCCAAACAAUAUUUGUGUUCUUGUGUUCAAACAAUGUGAUCGAUGGAAUGUUUUAAAAAUAAUUUUGGGAAAUUACUUUAUACAUCAGUUACAUUCAAUAUAUUUUUGUUGGGAAUAGGUGUUUUUUACCAAUUAAUGUUUUAAUCAUCCUCUAUUGAAAAUAUUGGAGGAAAGGCCGUGCCUUAUUUCUCCUUGGAGUAAUAUAAUGAUAUCCAAUUAAUUCUGUAACCCACACAGGCAAAUUGUCCUAAGGUGACCAUGUUGACAGUUCUAACUAGGCAUUACAUCAGAGUGUGAGAGAUAACUGUUGUUACUAUGGAUGAAGUGUAAUAAGAUAUUGGAGAAAAUGAAAGAAGAAAUAGUCCUGAUUUCAAGUUUUGUACAUUUCUUUCAGAAAAAUAAUUGUUUACACUCCUAAGGAAAAAAAUCAGGUCUGUCAUAUGGUUUGACAAAUUUUUAGAAAGGUUAUUUUUUGGUAAGGUCUUGUUUAAAUAUAAAAUUAAACCUCAAGGGUUUUUUGUACCACUAUAAUCUCUAAUACUUAAAUCAAAAUUAUUGUGAAUUUACUUAAUUUCUUAUGUGCCUUAUUAUGUGCUUAUAAUGAUAUAAUAGUUUAGAGUUUUAUCUGAAGUAUCUUUAACUGUACUGUGGCUUUGUGAAAUUUUCCCCCUUUGUCUUAGUUUUUAAACAUUUGGUGAUUUUAAAGAUGUUUUUAAUAAGUAAUAGUCAAAUCAGAUUUUGGUGCUUUGGUAUAGGGAUGGGUAGGUUGGGAAUGAAGAUAACUCAGUGCUCCUGCAUCUAGGCCUCUUUACAAUAUUUUAGGGGUUGCAGUUGAGUGAUGCCCUUGUUGGGCUUUAGAGAAUGUUCUCAGUGUCUGGUUGUUAUGUAACAGUUGAGUUAUUGACUCUGAGAAUAUUUUGCCUCAGGAUUCUUUUCACCCAACAGUAAUGGGCUUGUUGUGCUCGGUGCAGAUGGGUUUGCAUUCACAAAUGUCAAAACUUCAGGAGUGAAUGUUCACUCCUUUUAGAUGCAAUCUUAACUAUUUUUUUGUGAAAUAUAGGUAUACUCAAGUUAUUUCUAUGAUUGUAAUACAAUGUUUUUAGAGGAGUCUCACGAUGUUACGUCUACUGAAAAAAAAUGCAUUGUUUUAUAAAAUAUUCCUCUUGUCAGUAAGGAUGGUAAAUCCUUUCCAUUGAUUUGAAAAUGGAGAUAAAGAUUUAGAAGAAAAAAAUGGAACAUGAUAAUAUGACGUGUGCUCAUUGUCUUUGGAAUGUUUAGUAAAUCAGGUUGUUCUGUGAAUACCAACUUUUGCUUGGCAAAAAGAAUUUCACAGCUUUAGAUCAAUCUCUAAACUCCUUUAAAAUGACAAAAUUAUAAGUUACCUUUGAAAUGCAAGUUUCUUACUAACCUUGCUGUAGCAUGAAAGGAUACGCAGUGAGACACUGGCUGCCUUAAAUUUAUGUAGUUGUGCGUGGAAGAUAGUUGAUAAUCACAAUUUGGACACUUGAUUAGCAUGUAUUUGUUUUGUUUUGUCAACAUAUUUGUUUCUUCAUGUAAAGCUACAUUAGUGUCCAGUAAGAUCUGAUCCCAUUUUAGCUAUGACUUGCAGCUGUUUGAAAAUAAUAAGUCUAUUAAAACAAGCCAACUCUAGAGUAGCAACAUAUUUUCUUAGUUUAGCAAACUGAUUAAAACGAGUGCCUGAUUCUAUUAUGGCACAUGAGCCUUAGUGUUUCCUUUCAUUCUAUCAAUUUUAGUGGACCAUGGCUCAAAAUAAGUAUAUUCAGGAUUAGCCCCUUAAGCCAUUAAAUAGCUUCUUGGAUUAGAGAACCAAUAAAUUUGCCUUGUAUUGUAACUUGCUAAAUUACUUUUAGGCUUGGUCACCAUGUGUUUAAUGCUGCUACAGAGGGGGGAUGUAGUUGGACUUGAUGAAUGUAACUGAAGCAGGAAUAAUGAGACUGAGCAUUAACAUGUAUAAUAUCAAGAGUGUUGUGUAUGAGUGUGUGUGCGCAUGUGUAUGAUGUGAAAUACCUUAUGUUUUAUGCUGAUAAACAUUGCAAGCAUUUAAUUUAUUGAUUUUACUAAUCUUAAACAAUUUUGUAGAGUUAAGAAAAAUAAAUGGUCAAUUUAAGAUUUUAAAAAAUAUCAUAGUUCCUAUAAAAGUUCCUACUUUCAGUCUUGAGUUUUUAGACCUAUGAUUAUAGUUACAUGCUGGCAAAUGUUUUGGAUUUUAUUUUGGAUAUAUUCAUAUAUUAGUGAGGUCUCAUCAUAAUUACAUUAUAUUCUGUAUAAAUCAUGGUUGUAGUGUAUGUGUGUUUAACAUUUUGAGUGAUUUUACUUGGCAAGCUUGUUUUUUCCAUGAAUUGCAAAUAUAAAAAAUGGCAGUACAAACUUUGCGUUUAAAACAGGAAUUCCAUUUAUAGCAAUAGUUAGCUUAAUUUUCUCCUUCUGUGGAAUGUUUUAGAAGGCAACCUCUUGAAUUUGGAUUAAGAUGAAAACAGAUAGUACCAUUUUCUUGUCCUUUUAUUUCUUUGCUGCAGAACAUUAGCAACAAAUAAUGUUAUCAUAGAAUACCAAGUGGUUUAAUUAAGGAUGUGGUUAUUGGGUAACAUAAUUUUUUGCAGAUAUUGCCUUAUCAAGCACCCUAGUAUAGGAAAUUAUUUGAUCAUUCUCACCACUUUUUGUUGCCUUAUCCUUUAUUUUCUGUCAAGCCGUAAAGCUCCGUGGCCCUUGCAAUUCCUUUGGAAGUGCAGUUGAAGUAACAAUCUUCCUUGUCAGGCAUUUUUGUGAUCUCUAGUAUUUGGGUUGAAGAAUUGAAGGUAAUUGGUUUUUAAUCAUAUUCAUACAUAACAGCAGUAGCAAAGGUGCUUUUUUAGUAAACCGAUUAGCACCUUUUAUUAAGAAGAAUUUGCAGUUCCAUAGAUAAACAUUUGUGGUGAAAUGCGUUCUAAAUUAUGAAUUGUGCCACAUUCCUCAUCUGAUAGCAAUGUAAGAGAGCUAAAAUUCCUUCAGAAACAACCAGGUUCAAACCUCAGGUCUGUGGAGAGGCUAAUUUGAAAUAGUAUUGGCUCAAGUUUACAAUCAAAUAAUCACCCACAGUCCUUAGGAUUUUUAUUCCUAGAGGAAAAGCCAUAAUAGUUUAACAGUGAAAUGCAAACUGGCUGUAUUUGACUAUAAACUAGGAAAAAAAUAGACUGUUUUUUCUUUCAAAAUUGGCUCGGGAAGGUUAACUGCAGUAUGUAUCCAGCAUACAUACAGAGCUGCAAUCUCUUACAGUCUCUUCAUACCAUACAUUCUGUCUUUAAUAAUAAUAAUUGGUAUAUAUACAUGCCCAAAUUUGAAUAUGGUUUAAUUUAAAUAUUGAGCCACAAUUUUUGUUUCUAUCCAAUAUAUUUGCAGGUUUCUGAAUGUCAAAGCAACAUUAAUUUGAAGCUUUGUCCUAACUUGGUUGCCUUUCCUGUUUCUCACCUUUUGUACUCUUAACUCUGCUUGAAGGAUACUCUGUAGGCUCUGUGUGCCUAUAUUUUCAAAAGUAGCCUUGAGUUGUCUGUGUAGCAUCUCUUCUUCCAGACUGAACGGUUCCACCUGCAAUGGAUACUUACUCUAAAGUUUAGCAUGUGGGGGGUAUUUUGUGAGCCAAAUCCAUUGCUGCCUAUUUAAGUAUGUCCGAGGAAGACCCUGGUGGUACUUCUGGGAAUAGCAAAUCUAAGCUGUGCCGUUCCAAUCUUCAUCCUGUCACACAUAUAUUGCUAUGUUCAAAGCAGACCUGAGUAGAUAACUGUAUUAAAGCCAUUUUGUUUGCCUUGACACUUUUGUGGACUGGUAACUUUAAUUACAACUGCCAGAUUUGAAUUGUGCUGAAAACUGUUGAAGUUUGCACACAUAUGUUUUUGAAGCAAACAAACUCCUAAUUGUCUUUGCAAAAAUCUGUAUGUAGUAUAUGAAACUGUUUUUAAUUUUUAAAGCAAAUUUUAACAAUUAGGAAUUAUUUUUUAAAAAAUGAAAGAUUCAUAAAUCUUAAUUUCAGGGUUUUACAAAGAAGAAAACAAUGGGACCAAAGUUUAUGUGCCUUCAGUAGAUUUCUGUUUUUUCCCCCCUAAUCUUUCAGUCUUUUAAAUCGAUACUCUUGUGUUCAAGGAAAUGUGUAUUUAUAUAGACUAAAAUACCAAAUGACCCAUGAACAUAUAAUGUCUAUGUGCAGUUGAUUGCUUACUGUUUCAGUCAGUUUAUAGCUCUUUUGCUGUCUACCAUUGUAACAUGAAUCAUGCUGUACCAUACAGGAGUUCCAGACAUCUGGCUUUACGGUUCUCACAGUAACCUGGAAAAUAAUAAAUGAGUGAGGAGGAUAUAUACUUCCUCUUUUAUAAGUGAGCUCUUGCAGAAAUUCCCAUUCUUGGAUUAAUGUGCAUCAUUAGUGAGGAUAGGAGGAAAACACCCAAUCAGUUAUAUUUUUAAUUCAUCUCUUUAAUUGUGGGGUUUUUUUUCCUUCCCCAAUUUGUUCUCCAGUUUCUGAACAAACAAGCCUCCCACUUUCUCAAGAUACGGUUGUUGACCAAACAAAAUGUUGCAUUAUUAGAUUGUCACCUCAUUUGCAAUGACCAAAGAUUGCUUGCUCCAGUUUUAUUGAAACAUCUUGCCAGUUCUGUCCUUGAGGUAUUUUUCUUGAAAGACUCCAUGUAAAGUGGCCUUUUAUCUGAUUGUGGGUGGUGAAUAGACUAAUUAAUUAAACAAGAGAUAAGAUUUUCUAAAAAUGUGAACCAAAUAAAAUGGUCUAAGGGAAGGGGGGGUGAGUGGAUAUUUAAUACUGUAUUCAGACAAAUAAAGGCACACAGUUAUGGGAGCCAGACAUUCCCUAAUUUUUCAUGUGUUCACAAAUCCCUUUUUAAGUUUGUAAAAAAUAUUCAUCUAACACAAGAAAAUGCUGUAAAUAUUUGUAACAACAUUUUUUUACCUGGCAAAAAAAGGUUUUUGGGAACAAGUAUAAAAUGGUUUUUAUAUUAUUAAUAAAAAGAACAUCAAUUGUCUUGUAUAUUUUGAUAAAGCAACAGUACCAGCUUUGUUUGUUAAGCAGCUUGUGGCAUUGGAGGGGAGAAAGGAUCCCGUGUUGUUGAGAUGACUUGAUGUUAUAAAUGCAAAGAAGUUGAAAUAUUAAAGAAACCUAUUUUCUAA